GUUUAUAAAACCAUAUUCUUUUCGCAUCAAUUCCAAUACUGAAACGAAAUAUGAUUUUCUGUUUAUCCAUUUUUAUAAAUUUUCUAUUCGUAUAUGUUAUUAUUGAUUUACACUACAGAAGCCUCGAACCUGCUCAGAAAGUGCAAUGCAGCGAAGAGCAAUCGCCUUUGGCCAAGAGAGUAGUUUUGUUCGUGUCGGAUGGCAUGGGCGCUCAAUUGAUCUACAGGGAAGCGGCGAGCACCAAUGGUUCAUUCGUCAGGAGCAUCAUGGAGGGAGGCGGAAGUUGGGGCAUUUCAGAAGUAAACGUCCCAACAAUGACUUACACGGGGGUAAACACAAUAAGCACAGGUAGCAUAUACACAUCCAUCAAUCUCUUGAUCUUCAAUAAGUACCGAUUGACUGUGGAUAACGUUUACAACUACACUCACGUGUAUUACGUCGGUGAUUUCACGGCGCUGCACUACCUUUCACACUUUUCGGACAAGUGGCACAUAACGACAUGGAACGGGACUUUCAUCGACAGCGUCAACAAGGACUACAUAAAGUACGACAAAUUCACUUGCGAAAAUAUACGGAUGCUUUUGAUGAACCGGACUCUCGCUGAAGAUCUCAAAAGGGACAAAACAUUUUUUAUUGUUUACAUGUCCGCGGUCGAUUAUUGCGGGCAUCACGUGAGUCCUUUAAAGCCGCAAUGCAUCGAAAUAUUGAAGCAUGUAGACAAGUGCGUGGGAGAGACUGUGAAACUGUUCAACGAGUUUUAUAAAGAUAAUGAGACGAGUUUCUUAUUGACUGCGGAUCACGGAAUGACCGAUUAUGGGAGACAUGGGGGAGGUCAUCCUGACAUGAGACGGACACCGAUACUAGCGUGGGGCGCUGGCAUAAAAUCGCAAGGCGGAGUCGUCAAGGAUUACCCCGAACAAUGGAAGGCCAAGGGGCUUAAAAGUAUCGACAUAAAGCAGAGCGAUCUAGCUUCUUUCAUUUCAGUUCUUCUGGGGAACCCUAUUCCUGACAAUUCCUACGGAGUCAUUCCAAGACAGUUUCUUGCGAAACAGGAUUUGAACUUAGCAAAAGCGUUGUACUGCAAUGGGGUGCAAUUAAAUAACGUCCUGCAAGCUCAAGGAAAUUUGCCAAAGGAAUUGGAUACAGAGCAAAAAAUGAUGGACGAGUUAAAACAACAACUGAAAAAUGAGAUCCGAGCCGGUAACGCGAGUGGUGCGUUUCUGCUUGCUGACAAUUAUAUCAAACGAGUAAAAGAGGAACUGAAUGUCGUGCGGCACUCCUACAGUGGUGUAAUUAAGAAUCUGGCCACGUUGAUGUACACUGGCUGGGGAUUGUGGUUAUUCCUACGGAUAAUUUCUUCGUUGUACAAAGUAGAAGAAUCAGAUGGCAUCUUUCUGUACCUUCACAAAAUACUAAGCGGGUGUAAAAACGUACCUUUCAAGUGGAGCAUAGUUGAGAGUUGUCUAUAUGAUUUGCUAUUCAUUGUUUUAACAUGUGUUUCUUUGUACGUAGCAUUCAAUCUUCUCAAAUGGCCGCUCCACUUUUCAGUCUACAUUCUGCUUUCAUUAUUUUUAUGGUGGCGUGCUUUAAAGAAUUUAAAAGUGUUUUGGAAGCUUUUCGAAAAUUUCAAAACAAACAAAGAAACUUUGUUCUAUUUGACUGUCUGCAUGGUAUUCACAGUUGGUGUCAUCGUAUCCGUGUAUUAUGCAACGUGUAGAAAAUGCUUAAUCGCUCUGGUAUCUCUGAUUCAACUUUAUUUGUGCAGGAAAACUAUUUCGAAUAUGUUAACAAAAUUGUGGUUAUUCGCGUCGGUUCUAAUGAUGCUAUGUGCCGAAUUGUUUAUCUUCAACCAACAUCCUGUUGAACGUUUUGUCCUAGCGGCGACGACGUUUUGGAUAAUAUCGCUGAUAGUGUACGCCAAGAUCACCAAAGACAACAUGUGGGCGAUUACAUACAUCAUACUGUUCGUUUUAGUGGAAUGGAACGUGUCGACAAUUUAUUAUUUCGCUUAUAAUGAAAACAAAAGUUUUCACACGGUCAUAACUUGGGCCAUAUUCCUUCUCGCACCGUUUCUGCACUUACUCUCUUCACACACCGGCUUCAAGAGGUUGUGCCUUUUUUGUUACGGGAUUGGUGCUGUGUUUCUUCUUUUCACGACCAGAACAGAAGGCAUAGGUUUUUUCGGCAUGACGUUCUUCGUUGUAACGUGGUAUGCACUGGAGGUGAAUAAAGCCGGCAAGGACGUCCUGGCUGACAUAGGAGAAAACAAGAAAAGCCUCGACAUGACUAACGACGAUUUGAGAAGGGGUUUUCUGAUGCUCUUGUACACCUGGUGUUGCUAUUUCGCCUCAGGAUUCAGGGAUCAUCCUUCGAACUUUGAGGUCAAAUGGACAGACUACUUCAUGGUUACGUUCGACGAGCAUCCCAUUAUUGUUCUUGUUUUAAUAAAAUUCUUUUUACCGUUCGUCGUCCUCUGCUCUGCGAUGUCCGGGUUGUACAACAUCCUCGAAAAAGACAAAAACAAAUUCGUGGAAUGGUACCUGUUUUUAAACAACAUUGUCAGCUUGUUUUUCUUCCAUCUUACAAAAGAAUACAACGAACACAAUUAUGAAGGAGUCGGUUUCAGUCUAGCCCGCCACAUCCUUUCUGCAGUGUUCCCGAUAUUUGUUGUCGUCUUACUACCGGUAACAAACAUGCUGCUCAAAGCCAGGAUAAGCUUCGAUCCUAAGAGAUACCUCCAAAAGCAAGCUUCUGUCAUAUACGAAUAAUAAUUAUACUUUUUAAAUAGUG